AGUGUAUCAGCUGUCAUUGUCAUUGAAGACACGGGGCAUGCAGUUGCUCGUUGACAUAUAUAUCUACAAGUUGACUAUGUAGAUUACAACUCUCAUACAGUGAUACAGUGUUACGUGGGAGAGAGAUCGGGUUGGCGAGUAUCGUAUUUACAGAUCGGGUUGGUGAGUGUUCUCUAUACAGUUCGGGUUGAAAAAAAGCUCGACUAUGAUGGCGGAACCAGCAGAUACUGACCGUUCUGAAACAGAACCUGAGACAGAUACGAUUGGUGUAGAUGUAUUCAGUAGAGCCAUACUAAGCUUGGUAAAGGAAAAAGAACUAUUGCCUGAAAAGCCUCACACUGUUUAUGAACGAAUUAGUGGUGAAGAAGAUGAAGAAGAAGAGGAUAUGCGCAAGGAACCCAAACAGGAUGAGGAAUCCCCAUAUUUGUCCUUUAAAACAUGUCUCAAAGACUGCUUCAGGGAAGAUAUGAAGAACAUGGUGCAGAGCAUGAGGAUAUCGCAGAUCAGUGAGAAGAUCCAGCAAAACACGCCACCCCCAUUGCCUCCUCCAAGACUUGGUGCCAAACCAAAGGUUACAAAUGAACACCAGGCAGACGCAGAUGUCCCGACAGAGUACGAACCAGUGACUAUGCUUGUCAUGCAUAACGAGGAUAGCAAUAAGCUAUCCCACCUUAAACAGUCCGAUACUUGUAGGAAGAGGCUGACAGAUAUCCUCAAGAAACACCGAGCAGCUAUACAGUGGGCCAACGUAACAGCCGACCGCAUUGUUGCACUGGAAACAAAGGAAGGCCCGCGAAUUUCAUCUCAGCUAGACAUACAGUUGUGGAGAGAAAGUGCUGAGUCAGCAAUAAAGGGUUUCCUUGACGACAUCCUGGUGUUGAAGGUUCCACUUAUGCCAAGGACAUGUGCCAAAAUAAAGAAUUCCGAGUUCCCAAUACAAAAUCCUAACCCAGAAGAAAUGAGUAUUACGCUGUCCAACGAUCUGGUUACCCUGGUUGGGUCUCAUACGCAUGUACAUCAGGUAGCUGAGAACAUCACGGAACUAGUUCGGAAGGUCGAAGGGGACAUAGACAAAGAAAUGCUUCCAGUUGCUCAACAGAAGCUAGUCGUUACAGAACUGAAACCAUGGCAGUUCAAGUAUUUGCAGAUCAUCGAGUGUUCGGUCUUUCUGGAAAAUAAAUACCUGGGUCUUACUGUAGAGAUCAACGCAGAAGGUGGAAAGGUUACCAUAUCUGGUCAAGGAACAGACAUAAUGAAUGCAAGGAUUAAAAUUGAAGAAACCCUUAAAAAGGUUCGGAGUUCAACUCUCCCGAACGUGCAUAAGAUUUUGCUGUUCGCGUUCACUCGUGUGGAAUUCCAAAAUUACAUUCGGGGCAAAUUCGCGGCCAAGGAUCUGCGUGCAGUGAUCGAGGUUCUCUCGGGCGAACUUUGGAUUCACGCGGGCGAUUCGGCGACGGCCUCGGCUGCAUCCACAACGAUCAUCGAGUCGGUGAAGGUGACCUACCUGAAGACGGACAUGUUAACACGGGGAAAAUGGAAGACGCUCAUCGAGGACAUACACCAGAGAGUUAAAGAGCCGUUUAUCAUCGACAGAUUAAACGAAGACGAACCUGCCGUUAUGGCCUGUGCUGCUGAGGUUCAGGAGACUGUCAUGAAGAUGUUGAAAGAAGCGGCUGAAAGAAGCAGUAUGUACGAGAGGAAACUCAUCUUCGAGAGAGGGAUAUUCCUUGCCAUUACCCGCUGUUGUUCUGCUUCCAUUGAAACUAUUAAGGCCAAAUAUGAGGUGGAUGUUUCUUUUGAUCAUGCCUCUUUCUUGGUGAAGGUUGUUGGACCAAAAUCACAGCUUAGCAGUGCCAUAGGCGAGUUGCAGUCGUUGAGUGAUGACGUUGUCGUGAAGUAUUCCAGUUUGGAUAAACCGGGUGCUGUGGAAUUUCUCAAGUCCCCAUCAGGGAACAACAUGAUGAAGGUGGCUGAAGAUGCACAUGCUUGUGUAAUAGAUAUUGAGGAAGAUACGCCUCCUAUAGGUUCAAGGUCUAAUGAGGAAAUUGGAAACGUUUUGAAGGCCAAGGUGACAGUUGUCAAAGGGGAUAUCACCAAACAACUUGUGGAUGUGAUCGUGACGUCCGCCAGUAAGAACCCUACAUAUAAGGAUGGAACACUAAUAAAAGCAGUAUCGGUGGCGGCAGGUGCCGGCCUUCAGAAGGAAUACAAGAAGAAGGUUUCUAAAGGCGUGGCAUACGGGCAACUUACUGUGACGUCAGGCGGAAAUCUUAGGUGCAAAAGUGUCUUCAAUUGCUGUCUUCCUGCCUGGGACACGGUGAAGGGGAACAUUAAGGUCUUCCAGAAAGCAGUUUUGUCUUGCCUUGAAACGGCCAACGUCUCCAACUACACUAGCAUAGCGUUCCCGACGAUGGGUUGCGGUCGACUCGGAUACCCUCCUCAUUUAGCUGCCAAAGCUCUGUUCGAUGCAUUCUCCUUGUUUGAAAGGACAACCAAGAGUGGCUUACAGGAAAUAAAUAUCCUGGUCUACGGCACAGAAGAAAAGAUAUAUAAGAUAUUUGAGAAUGAGAGAAACAACAGGCUCCUUGGAACAGUUAAACGGUCGAAGGAUGUUGGUGAUGGAGAUGUCACGGGUGUCGAGAUUACAGUCAAAGUCGGCGAGCUGUCCAAAACCAUGGCAGAUGUCAUAGUGAACACGACCAACAAGGACUUGAGACUCAGCCAGGGAGCGGUUUCCAUGGCGAUAUCUACAGCAGGGGGCCCUACCAUACAGAACGAGUGCAACAGCCGUUACCGCAAGGGCAUCAAAUUCGGCGAUGUCGUGGACACAGGGGGAGGUAAUCUACGCUGCAAGAAGGUGUACCACACAUGCCUCCCAAAGUGGGAGGAUUCAAGCGAUGCUUUACAGUUUUUGAUAAAGACUGUGGACGCGUGUUUACAACGAGCACCUUCCAGAGGCUACGGGACCAUCGCUUUCCCGGCCCUCGGGACCGGCAUACUACAGUACCCACCCGAGACAGUAGCCCGGGUGUUCAAAGAGAGAAUAGCCGCUUUCUCCACAGAUAACCCACUGACGUGUCUGAGGGAAGUGAUCAUUGUAUUGUAUCACAAGGAUGCGAAAACAACAAAGGCUUUCAAUGAAGCGUUCGACAGCGACCCGAGUAUGAUCAGAGAACCAACGACCAUGGAUAGGACGAACAGUGAAGAAUUUUGGAUUGACCCCCUCAGGAUUGAGGUGAAAGUAGGAACUCUGCACACGGAAAAAGUGAACACAAUCGUGGUGCCAACUGACAACAAGGUGUCACUGCGUGGCCAAGUGGCAUUUCUGAAGUCCGAGUUUGGGCCUGACUGUAUGGUUGGAAGUGACCGAGCAAAUAUCACAAAAUCCGGAGCUGUCGUCGUUCCUGCUCAAAAUAUGUCCUGCACGAACGUCAUGCUUGUGUCUACGGAAUAUUUCAAGAACAAUGUAGAGGAGGUGAUCAAAAAGUGCUUCAGAAAGGCAGAAAAGGAGAAAAUCAUGUCACUCGCAAUUGGCCACGUUAUUCCAGAGCAAGACGACGACGCUAAGGUAUUCGCCACUGGCAUGGAGAGGGCCAUCAAACGACACAAGACUAACCUGAAGGUCCUUAGUGAUGUUCGGAUCCUCCUCAACAACACAGAACAAAAGUCCACAUUUGAUUCCAUUUUCCGACAGAACGUUGGUCGCCCAGCUAUGAGGAAAUCUUUUGUGCUGUCUCAUGAAGAUGAGUUGUCUUCACGCUCCAAACCACAAAGAUACCAAAGUAAGUCCAUGAGGUCGGAUGAUCCGUGCCUGCUUCCACUGCCGCGACUGCGUCUAUUGGCCGUGACCAAAGAGCACCUUGAAAACUGCAUGGACACUGUCUCCGUCAUCUUGCUGAACAAUGUUGUGUCAGAUAUACAGACAGGUUCGGCCAUUGAAACUCUUCCUGACGACAAGGUGCCACGCGUGACCUCCCUCUGCGCGGAUCUGCACGUGCUGGCGCAGGUAGACAAGAGCAACGGGAUGGUCCACUUCCACGGCUCCAGAGAAGACGUCAUGGCAGCGAAGAGAAAGACUCAUGAAUAUGUCCAAGGUCUAAAUACGAAGCACCAGACACGGGAACGAGCCGAAACGAUUCAGACCAACGUCCAGUGGUGGUACAUGACCACUCCGGGAGGGGAACUCAAGGCCUUCCCUCAGUGACCAACAUGCUGCUGGAGCAGGCCUUCAAGGAAGAUUUCCCAUCGGCUACCUUCAAAGUCUCGGGAGGCAUGGUCACUGCUGACUUCCGUACAAAUCGGUUCCACAUGUCGCCUACAGAGUCGUUGAAGAUGUCUCGGGUUGAGAAGCGUGCUGCUUUGCCAACUCCACCUUCACACACGUUGUAGUCUGGCCUAUCAUGUGACAACUGGCAGUCAUCUUCGGGUCUACUGGGGACACUUAAAUGUCUGGUUUAUCCUGGACUCAAAUGAACAUUUAAGUUGCUAGGGUACAACGACCUUUCUCUUUGGGAUCUUUGAAAGACUAACAUGGAGAGAAGGCCUUCGUUACUUGUCAGUAUUUUCUUAAACGGAAUAUUUUGAUAUUUCUUGAUUUGAAAUCUGAUAUGUCUGUCUCUUGUUGAAUCAUUGAUUAACUUUAUUAGGUUAACAUAAACUCACGGGCGAAAAAACGUCACCAAAAUGAUUAUUUUUAUCUUUUAUCGUACACUAAGUGAUUAUUCAUAU